AUGCCACGCCAGAGCCACCGAUCAAUCAAACAAGAAGCCAUGCCGUGGUGGGAACAACCACUUCGUGUUCCACUCCCUGAUUUGCCACCGGAAGACCCAACCCGUAUGAUGACAACGUCGCAAUACGCCAAAAUUGCGAAAAACCCCGAGAAGGUGGAACAAUCGUGGGCAAAUAUACCGGAUAAUGAGAAGCAGCAACUUGCUUUUGUUAUUUUGAACGAAAUUUCAAAUUUUCCCAUUAAUUUGGACAACAAAAACGGGCAUGCCAUGAAAAAAUGUUAUUCCGAAGUGGCUGUGAAAGUGUACCACAGAACUGGACGAUUAUUGAGCGUCCCCGCGGUUACGAGCUGCUUCAGAAAUGCAAAAGAGCAACUCCGCUCACGUCUCAAAUCACUGAUUCAAAAGAAAAAGCUGCCACCAGCAAAAGUGGAGGACGAACUAUUGAACUGGCCAUUCUAUGGGAUCAUUCGAUUCUAUCGUCCAUACACACAGGACUUGGAAAUGAGACUGAGACGAAUAGCGACAAUGACACGAGAUGGAGCACACAUUGUCUUCGAUGUAAGUGACGAUGAAGGCGAUAGUGUCAACCCACCAGCAGAUGUCGCUCCACAAGCAAAUAAUAAUGCCAAUAACGACGUCAUUGUGGACACUGCAUCUACUGCUGUAAAUCUGAAACGAGUCAAGCAGGAACUAGUGUCUCGACACCGACCUUCUCGGUACUCUUUCGAGCCGAUCCAAGAGCCAUUGAUGGAUGACGUCCCAUAUCAAUACCAAGGAACGCAAUAUUCGCAACAAACACGGAGCCCACCUAUGCAACCAAUGCUUCCCAUUCAACGGAUGCAACAAACGCAGGUUUCACAAGUUAUGCAGUCUAUGGAGCCAAUGCCUAUGCAGGCUACGCAGCAAAUGCAGCCUAUGAUGUCACCACCUCAAAUUCCAACAAUGGGCUACGGAGACCGUGAUCAGUUAUAUCCGAGUCCAGAUGUUUAUCGACGCGAUUCCAGGUUAUCAUCGAGUUCUCAGACUUCUCAGGCUUCUCAGGAUGUCGCCUACAAUAACCUGCAAGACGAUCUCAAAUUUUUCCAUAGCAUUGCGAACCGAGUUGCUAAGAAGGAUCCAGCACGGAUUGAGAAGAUGCGCGAGGUUCUGUCUGCGACGAUGCUCUCAUUCGAAUGGAAGCAGACCGAAAACUUGGGCGAUUUCUUUGAGCAAUUGGGGAGAACACUCAACGGCAACCGCAACGACCAUUACUAA